CCGUGCACUCCGCUCGCAUUUUGUGUCACGGUGCCACCGGGAGAGGGGCGACAGACUGCUGCGCGUCAGGGGACACCAGUCACCAUCCGCACGGUUCAAGCGACAUCCCGCCGCGGGCAAUGACAUUAGCAGACUGAAGUGGGAAUACACGAGAAAACGCAAAAAUGACGGUGGACUUUGAAGAAUGUAUAAAGGAUUCACCCCGUUUCAGGGCCGGCAUUGAUGAUGUGGAGACAGACGUGGUGGAGAUCGAGGCGAAGCUUGACAAGCUGGUGAAGCUGUGCAGCGGGAUGAUCGAGGCCGGCAGAGCCUAUGUCAGUGCCAACAAGCUCUUUGUUAACGGCAUCAAGGACCUAUCCCAGCAGUGCAAGAAAGAGGAGACGAUAUCGGAAUGCCUUGAAAAGUGUGGAGAAAGCCUGCAGGAGAUCGUCAACUACCAAAUGAUUCUGUUCGACCAGGCUCAGAGGUCCAUCAAGCAGCAGCUCCACACCUUCAUCAAAGAGGAUGUGCGUAAAUUCAAGGACACUAAGAAGCAGUUCGACCGGGUGCGUGAGGACAUGGAGCUGGCUCAGGUGAAGAAUGCUCAGGCACCCAGGAACAAGGUGCACGAGGCUGAGGAGGCCGCACAAGCCCUCAUCCUCAGUCGCAAGGCCUUCAGGCACCUGGCCCUGGACUACGUACUACAGAUUAAUGUGCUUCAAGCUAAGAAGAAGUUUGAAAUCCUGGAUGCAAUGCUGUCCUUCAUGAGGGCUCAGUACACUCUGUUUCAACAAGGCUUCAACAUCCUGGAUGAGAUCGACCCUUACAUGAAAAAACUGGCUGCACAGCUGGAUCAGCUGGUCAUUGACUCGGCCGUGGAGAAGAGGGAGCUGGAGCACAAACAUGCCAUCAUUCAGCAGAGGACUCUGAUGCAGGACUUUUCUUACGAUGACCCCAAACUGGAAUUCAAUGUGGAUGCACCUAAUGGAGUGGUCAUGGAGGGCUACCUCUUCAAGAGGGCUAGCAAUGCCUUCAAGACCUGGAACAGGCGGUGGUUUUCUAUACAAAACAGCCAGCUGGUCUACCAAAAGAAACUCAAGGACUCUUUGACAGUAGUGGUGGAGGACCUGAGGCUGUGCUCGGUCAAACCCUGUGAAGACAACGAGAGGAGGUUCUGUUUCGAGGUGGUGUCCCCUACGAAGAGCUGUAUGCUGCAGGCUGAGUCUGAGAAGCUGCGACAGGCUUGGAUCCAGGCUGUCCAGGCCAGCAUUGCCUCUGCUUACAAAGACAUCACAGACAAUUAUUACAUUGAGCGCUUGGACCGCACAGCCUCACCCUCCACAAGCAGCAUCGACUCGGCCAGCGAGCCCAGAGAGAGAGGGGAGAGGUCCGAUAGGGGGGUUCGAGGAGGAGGUGGAGAAAGCCUCCUGCAGAGGGUGCAGAGCUUACCUGGGAACGAGCUAUGCUGUGACUGCGGCCAAGCGGCUCCCUGCUGGGCCUCCAUCAACCUGGGAGUGCUGCUCUGCAUUGAGUGCUCCGGCAUCCAUAGGAGUUUAGGCGUCCAUUGCUCCAAAGUACGCUCACUGACGCUAGACUCAUGGGAGCCAGAAUUGCUCAAGCUGAUGUGUGAAUUGGGGAACACAGUGAUCAAUCAAAUUUACGAGGGAGCCUGUGAGGAAGUGGGAGCGAAAAAACCUGGACCGUCCAGUUCAAGACAGGAGAAAGAGACCUGGAUCAAGUCUAAAUACGUGGAGAAACGCUUCCUGAAGAAGAUGAGUGGGAGUGAAGCUUUGGUAGAGGGUGAGAGGAAGUCCAGGCCCUGGACGGUGAAGAAGUGUCACCGACACAACAGCUCUAUCCGAGCCCCAAACAAAGCCCGCAGGAAAUAUCAUCGCUAUGAGCCGGGCAGUGCUUCACCUGCAAACCUCUCUGCAGCUGCAGCAAAGUUUCGCCGGGACUCUCUGUUCUGUCCGGAUGAGCUGGAUUCACUAUUUUCCUACUUUGACACAGGCUCUGGUCCUCGCAGCCCUGCAGGUCUAAGCAGCGACAGCGGUCUGGGAGGAAGCACUGAUGGCAGCACAGACAUUCUGGUUUUUGGCUCAGUGGUGGACAGUGUAACAGAAGAAGAAGAGGAGUCAGAGGAGUCAUCCAGUGGUGAGGUAGAGAUCGAACAGGAAGUGCCAUCAGACCCAGAAGACCCGAGGGAGCUUCACCCAGGGGCGCUUCUCCACCGAUCCUCCCGUCUACACAACAUGCCGCUCAUGGCUGAAGCUCUGGCACAUGGAGCUGAUGUACACGCUGCUAGUGAGGAGGAGGGGAAAACACCUCUCAUUCAGGCAGUUAUAGGGGGCUCUCUGAUAGCCUGUGAGUUCCUGCUACAGAAUGGGGCCGACGUGAACCAGAGGGACAUGAGGGGCAGAGGCCCUCUGCACCACGCCACCUACCUGGGACACACUGGUCAGGUGUGUCUGUUCCUGAAGAGAGGAGCAUCACAAACAGAGGUGGAUGAGCAGGGCCAUGACCCCCUAAGUAUCGCUGUCCAAGCUGCCAAUGCGGACAUCGUCACCCUACUGCGUCUAGCACGGAUGAACGAAGAAAUGCGAGAGGCCGAGGCUCCUUUGGGUCAACCAGGUCAAUAUCCCGGCAGCAGCCCCACUGAGCAGCAGUAUAGGAAGUGCAUCCAGGAAUUCAUCUGCCUCAACAUAGACGAGUGCUAGUGGUCACCUCUUUACCCCAGAGCUCUCUCUCUCUCUGUCUCUAUCUCCAUAAAGAUAGAUCUAAAAUAAUCUUGCAGAAGAAGUUCCCCUUAGACUUUGAUCUCAAGUCUGAUAUUCUUUAGAUCAAAGCUCACGGGUAACUUCCUGUCUCAGAGAGGAGCGUACCAUUUGCUCAUUAUGGGGGUGCAUUAUGUAAUACCUAUAGGGAGACCCCUGAUGGACCUUUUUAACUCUACUGAAAAUGCAGUCUUCACCUCCAUUUUUCUGCAUCACCACUAUGUUUCUGCUCGGCACCGCCCAUGCUAUGCUUGUUACAUGACACACACACAGUAAAAUGACAUCUGCUUUUUGGUGUUUUGCUAACAGGGUCAUACUCUAACUUCUCAUAAUGUGGUGUAACCUUUUGGUGUGAGGCUGUAGGUUGACUGUUGCCUAACAGCUCUGAAGAAUCUGGCUGCAUUAACCCCCUCUACACCUCAUAACUAUCCAAACCAUCCAACCUACCCAUCUCUGCGUACCCGGAGAUGUAAAUAUUCAUAUUUAGAAGUUAUAUUGAUAAUCUUUAAACUAUGUGCUGUGGCAUGAGGUGAAAAAAAAAUGGUGAUUGUUCCAAUUUUCAAAGAAAAAGAGUAGCCGACAAGCUGCAGUAGAGGUAGCCGAGGUCGUUUACUGUGUAUAAAGAGGGGUCAGGAAAGGAAAGUUAAAUGUAAAACUGUGACAAGAAUACUGAAGGGCUUUUGGAGAAAAGACCCUUGCCUGCUUUGUAAGAUAGUGUGUGAGUGAGUGAGUGAGUGAGUGAAUGAGUGAGUGAGUUCAUGUGUCAGAGAAUACUGAGAGACAGAGUUAAAGCAUAUUAUGAUACAUUAUGUAAAAGAAAAAAAGAAACUGCACUUUUCCCAUUUACAGUAUUAUUAUUUUGUUUCUUUUUCUAAUUCAGCUAGUCUUUACAUUAUUCAUGUCGAGUCAUGUCUAUCUAUCUAUUGUCUAUUUUAUUUAUGUCUAUAUCCCCAGAGGACCAGUGCAAUGCAUUCUUGGUUGCAGCUUAUGUCUGCACAACUGUCAAUGAUUGUCAUUGUAAUCUGAAAGCAGUCUUUAGAUUACAUCCUGUUGCUUUCAUUUUCUCUUUGGAAUGGCCUUACAAUGCUAUGAAUAUGAUUAUUGGCAUCACCACUGAAAGAGAUUUUACUAGCUUAUCAGAGGGAAUUAUUCUCAUAAGGUUCCUUUCUUUGAAAUUAAUAGCAGGAGUCACCUGCUAUCCAGUGAGGAUUGGAACUGAAGUUGUGACACACCUGAACAGGAAGUGUAGUGAGGGAGUGGAUAAAACUGGAUUUACAGCUCACCAUUAAACAGUUCUGCUAUUCAGUAAACAAAGGUGACUCAUGAUGCGUGCGUUUAGCUGUAAAUACUCCUCCUUGUUACAGUAUCUUUCAUUAAAUAAAGGGUCACAUUUUCAGACAGAUUAAACACCUGUGGGGUCAAGGUCAUAUAUAUCUGGCUUCCCUCGCUGGUCAAUGCUUACAGUCUUCACUGCAUGCUUUCCCAGAAGUAUCUAAGGGAAGUUUAACAUCGUUUGCAUUUUGAGCAUGAUUAAAAUAUCUUUCUAUGGUUUUGAUCACAUUGUGCAGUGCAGUCCUGUGGAGUAAGCAUGUACCACCAUGACCCCUCUGGUGUCAGAUAUUUCUUACUUUACGCACCUCUGUGCCGAUUCAAACAUCCACGGACCAAAUCUGUGGCGACUUUUGACAUUCCUGUGUUUCUUUCUCUCGUCACAAAAACAGUUAGUUGAAUUAUUUUUUUAUUGUGCUUUUUUUUUCUCUGCCAAAGACUUUUUUAAAGGGAAAGUGUCUGAUGUUGUUGUAUAAUAUCACCUUUUUUUUUUUUUUCUACUGAAACCGUUCAGAGUAGAUACAGCAUAGUCUUACCAUACUUUGUGAAGUGACAGAGUGGUAGAAACACUGUUGGUGUACUCACAUGUUAAAAGAGGUUACAAAAAUGUGACAGACCUGAGAGAUGUUGGUAUGGCAGGUUAUAAUCUGCCAAUAGUUCAAUGUGUACUGCAAGUAGAACCAGUCUAGGGGGUGACGUGAAGCUACUGUGACCAAACUUUUAAGGGCCCCGGCCCUGGCGAAGUAUUAAAUGUUGUGUCCAUUGUGUGUAUUGACAUAGGAGUGGUUAAAGGUGCUGUUCAAAGCAAACAUGCUGUAAAUAGUACACUUGUGUAUUUUAACUCAACGCCAACUGCCUGCCUCUCAGCAUUCAAUCACGGAUCCUGACUGUCUGAUCUGUUUUAUGUUUGUCUUUUUCUUCUCUUUACAAACAAAAAUAAAACAAUAACCUGUCAGGCAGAACUUUAACACAACUCUGCAUUACUUGGAGGCGCUCCUCUGUUCACUGACAUUUGGAUAUCUUUGGAAUACUUUCUUCCUUGUCUUUAGAAGCACUGAAGGAAAAAAAAAAGAGAUGACAAAAUGCAUACAAUAAAAUGGAAAAACUCUUGAUGAACUAA